AUGUCCGCCCCGGUUAUGCCCUCAUCGCAACCUCCAGUCCCCAGGGAGUUUGUUCAAACCUUCCACCAAGCCACCAAAGUCCCUGGGUUUGUCUGGGAUUCACUUAAUGCUAAUCAAGUCAACGCGAACCAUGUUCUACCCGUCUUGCUAAAAUGUAUGGCGCUGGAAAGGUCUGGUCGUAUGUCUCAAGGCCAUCUAUGGAUUGUCAACUACACCCUCGCCCAUCCUCACGCCAAACCUCAAGUUCGUUUCGUUCUUGCCUGUACCGACGGUAACAUUGGCAAAUAUCCCAUCUUCAUCUUCACCCCCAUCCCUUAUGCCUAUCUACAAUACGACACAGGCAUCCACAACUCUAUGGCCCUCCUCGCGAAUGAGCUUCGGAAAAAUCAGCCCGACGAGAGGACAUACUCUGUUUUCGCAGUCGACAUUGCUACAACAGCAUGGGUCCACGUCUGGACGCGUCUGACCAGGAUCGGAGCCGUUCAAGAGCCUUACUACCAUGCCAAGGUCAGCUUCUUGACAAGAGGUACCUUCAUUCCCAGGGAUCUUCCUCUGCCCCCAGACGAGGCGUUUGAACUCCGUCCUGGCACUCCUCAAGAUAUCAAUGAGAUUGCUCGAUUGUGCUACAUGUUUGCCGAUGAAUCGCCCCCAUUCAGGUUGAACCAGCAGAAUGCAAUCCGUGAAGCUACCCAACUCGUUGAACGUGGCCAGGUCUGGGUUCACAAAUGGAUGAAGCGUGGAUGCCCCCCUCGCAUCGUAUCCAUCGUCGCCUUUACCAGGAACAGCGACCGUGUUGCUACUAUCACGAAGGUCUACACUGACCCCGAGUGUCGUGGAAGGAAGUGCGCGGAGCGCCUCGUCCGCGCAGUCUGCUAUGAGUUGCUUAAGACCAAAGAGAAGGUGGCCCUCUUCGUUGGCCUUACGAACAAGGCUGCCAUCGUUUACAGCCGCGUUGGCUUCGUCGGUAUUGGUGAUCAUGCUGCUCCUGUCAACGGUGUCGAUACCUGGCUCGAAAUUGGGUUCGACCCUGCACAUGUCCGCCUUGGUCACUGGUAG